UAUAUCUUUCAAUCAACACCUCUUCAAACCCAAAUGGAUCAUAGCAUAAAUCCCUGAAAUAAUCAUCGUCCUCUGCACGUAAAGUUCUCUGCUUUUUCCCACUGUGUCACUUUUUUUUUUCCUUAUCUCUUCUAUAACGGAGAUGGAAGCCAUGGGCUCUUCUUGUUCUUCUUCAGGUGAAGGCGGAACAAUGGCUCGUCCUCCUCUGCUUUCUCAAACCCAGAGACGCAAGGGUGGCUUCAUCACUAUGCCCUUCAUUAUAGCAAAUGAGGCACUUGCCAAGGUGGCGAGCUUAGGGAUUGGGCCGAACAUGGUUCUGUAUUUGAUGGGGCAUUACAGACUUCAUAUAGCCGCAGCCACAAGGAUACUCUUAUUAUCCUCUGCUGCUGGAAAUUUCACUCCUUUGGUCGGUGCUUUUCUCGGUGAUUCUUAUCUGGGUCGGUUCCUCGCUGUUGGCUUAGGUUCUGUCAUCACUUUCCUGGGAAUAACACUCUUGUGGCUAACAGCCAUGAUGCCACAGGCAAGACCACCACCUUGCAACCAGGCAACAGAAAUAAGUAGCUCAGCAACUUUAGGGCAAAUGAUUCUCUUACUCUCUUGCUUUGCUCUCAUGAACAUUGGAACCGGUGGGCUUGGUUGCUCAUUAGCAUUUGGUGCAGAUCAAGUGAACAAAAAGAAUAACCCCAAUAACCAGAGAGUCUUAGAAAUAUUCUUCAGCUGGUAUUAUGCUUCAACUGCUGCUGCUGUCAUAAUUGCCUUCACUGCAAUAGUUUAUGUCCAAGAUCAUUUUGGGUGGAAACUGGGUUUUGGAGUCCCUGCUGCACUAAUGUUCUUAUCAACCUUCUUGUUCUUCCUUGCUUCUCCUCUUUAUAUAAAGCAGAAUCCAACAGCUAGCUUGAUCACUAGCUUCUCACGUGUCGUUGCUGCGUGGUAUAAGAACAGAAAACUUCAGCUUCCACCCAAGAACUCAUCUGGAAGGUAUCAUCAUGAGGAGGGCUCAGAUGUCCUUGUUCCAUCUGAUAAACUCAGGUUUCUGAAUAAGGCUUGUUUGAUCAAAGAUCCAGAAAAAGAUAUAGCCCCAGAUGGUUCAGCAACAAAUCCAUGGAGUCUCUGUACUGCACGGGAAGUGGAAGAACUAAAAGCUAUCAUGAAAGUGAUUCCACUGUGGUCUACUGGGAUAAUGAUGUCGGUUAAUGCUAGCCAAGGCUCAUUUCCGUUGCUCCAAGCCAAAUCCUUGAAUAGACAUAUCACAUCAAGCUUUGAAAUCCCAGCAGGCUCAUUGACUGUAAUCAUGAUAUUCACAAUAUUUGUGUGGGUAGGUAUCUAUGACCGUCUCCUCCUUCCUCUAGCAUCAAAGAUCAGAGGCAAACCAGUUAGGAUUGGUGCAAAAAAGAGAAUGGGAAUUGGGUUAUUCUUCUACUUUCUCCAAUUGAUUGUUGCAGCAGUCGUGGAGACUAUAAGGCGAAGAAAAGCCAUUGAAGAGGGACAUAUUGAUGAUGUUCACGCAGUUCUUGACAUGUCCAUAGCGUGGCUUUUCCCUCAACUUUGCCUUGCAGGCAUAGCAGAAGCAUUCAAUGCAAUAGGCCAACAAGAGUUCUAUUACUCGGAGUUUCCAAGGAGCAUGUCGAGCAUUGCCUCGUCAUUGUUUGGGCUGGGAAUGGCAGGUGGCAACUUGGUGGCCACCAUUGUGUUCAGCACUGUGGAUGACAUAACUUCAAGAGGAGGAAAACAGAGCUGGGUCUCAGAUAAUAUAAAUAGGGGUCGUUAUGACAGGUAUUAUUGGAUUCUUGUCACAAUGGGUGGUGUUAAUCUGCUGUAUUACCUGUUUUGUAGUUGGGUUUAUGGACCAACUUCUGAUGAAUUACCGAAAGAAAAUGAAGAAAUUGCUUCAAUGGAGGAAGACUUUACUGAAGCAAAAAAUGGGGAUAACGAUGAAAAGGACAAAUAGGAGAGGAUUGAUGGACAUGUUGAGAAGUUCCAAUAGUUUCUUGGUUAAUAAACCAGAGAUUGAAUAGCCAUGAUUGUUUCCUUCCCCUUAGAAAUUUAUAGUUAGAGAUGUGAAUAGGCUUCAUCCAUAUAUAUAUAUAUAUAUAUAUAUAUAUAUAUAU